AUGCAUCAACUGUUCAAACUGGUCUUGGGACAAAAAGACCUUUCACGAGCCGGAGACCUCUUCUCCUUAGAGGACUCUGAGAUUGAAGACGGCUUGACAGAAGCUUUGGAGCAAAUCAAAAUCAUUAGCUCAUCUUCAGAUUACCAAACCAAUAACAAUGACCAAGCGGUGGUUGAAAUCUGUAUCACGCGAAUUACAACAGCCAUCAGGGAGACAGAGUCGAUUGAAAAGCAUGCAAAGGCCCUUGUGGGGCUCUGGGACUCCUGCUUGGAACACAACCUGAGGCCCUCCGGAAAAGAUGAAGACACUCCCCAUGCAAAAAUCGCAUCUGAUAUCAUGAGUUGCAUUUUACAGAAUUACAACCGCCCCCCUGUGAUGGCAUUAGCCAUCCCCAUCGCCGUGAAAUUCCUCCACAGAGGCAACAAGGAACUGUGCAGGAAUAUGUCCAACUACCUGUCCCUGGCUGCAAUUACCAAGGCGGACCUCCUGGCUGAUCACACAGAGGUUAUAGUAAAGAGCAUACUCCAAGGUAACACCAUGUUGUUGAGGGUUUUACCUGCUGUGUAUGAGAAGCAGCCUCAACCAAUUAACAGACACCUCACAGAACUCCUAGGCUUGAUGUCUCGACUGGAACAACCAGAACAGUACCAUCUUCUACGGCUUUUGCAUGUAGCUGCAAAGAGGAAGCAACUGGAGGUGGUUCAGAAGUGUAUUCCUUUCCUAAUUGGGCAAUUGAAGGAUUCAACCCAUAACGACAUCAUCCUAAGCGUCCUCAUAGAGAUUGCAGGCUACGAGCCAGUGGCUUUGAACAGUUUUCUUCCAAUGCUGAAAGAGAUUGCUGAGAGAUGCCCCUACCUCACUGGACAAAUGGCAAGAAUCUAUGGGGCUGUCGGGCAUGUGGAUGAAGAGAGAGCCAGGAGCUGCCUGCCAUUCCUGGUGAGUCAGCUGGCCAGCAUGGAGCACUCAUUUCAUCAUAUUCUCCUGCUGGAGAUCAAGAGCAUCACGGACACCUUCUCCUCCAUCCUGGGCCCACAGAGCAGAGACAUCUUCCGCAUGAGCAACAGCUUCACUGCCAUUUCCACGCUCCUUACCCGACAACUGGAAACCACCAAGGCCAGAAAUGACAGGAGAAAACCCAGCACUGAAAUCGAAUUUCUUGAGAAACUGGAAGAAACCAAGCUCGCUGUAGAUGAAAAUGAAGACCAUGAAGAGCUCCAAGUUAAAAUACAAGCUUUUGAAGACAAAAUAAAUGCUGAGGGCAACACCCCUGGUUCUAUCAGAAGAUACAGUUUGGAUCAAGUUUCUAAGGAAGAAAGAAAAGGCAUUAGAUUUAACAGGUCAAAGAGUUUGGCUUUGCACACUGUGCUAACAAACCCCUUGAGCGCAGAGGAUGGGGAAGCUGUGAAGAGCAGAGAUACGCCAGCCAGCAUCUCUCUUUCAGAAAUAGACCCACUUGGCCAAGGACACGAGAGGUCACUCUUUAAGGUAGACACGGAUGGAUCACAGCUAGUAAAUUCUUCAGUUUCACACCAAAGUAUUAUACAUGUAGCAUCUGAGAAUUUGCCAGAAGCAGUUAAAAAAAACUAUCAGGCAGAAAUUCCAGAGACAACCACGAGUCCUGUAGAAUACCAUGAUAAGCUCUACUUGCACUUAAAGGAGAACUUCAGUAAAGUGAAAGCAUAUGCUGUAGAGAUGAUAAAGAAGAUUCCAGUCCCUGACCAGUGUACCAUUGAAGAUUCUCUUAGAAGUUGUGUAGCAAAGCUGUUCUUCACUUGUUCCCUGAAGGGUCAUUACUGCCUCUACAGUAAAUCCAGUUUUACUCUCAUCAGUCAAGAACCUCAGCCAUGGAUCCAAAUCAUGUUCCUAUUUCAGCAGAGCCUGUUUCCUGAGCCGCUGUCCAUUCAGAGUCGUUCUGUACAAUUCCUCAGCGCUCUAUGGGAGAAGACGCAGGUAGAGGGUGCUCACAGCUUUGAAACGGCCAUGAUGGAGUCCACAUUCCCACAGCAGAAGGAUCUGGACCAGGUUCGGCUCCAUCUGGAAGAAGUGAGGUUCUUCGACGUGUUUGGCUUCAGUGAAGCAGCAGGAGCGUGGCAGUGCUUCAUGUGCAACAACCCCGAGAGAGCAACCGUUAUAAAUCAAGAUGGCCAGCCCCUCAUAGAAGGAAAACUUAAAGAGAAGCAAGUCAGAUGGAAGUUCAUCAAAAGGUGGAAAACCCGUUAUUUUACACUGGCUGGAAAUCAACUUCUGUUUCAAAAAGGAAAGUCUAAAGAUGAUCCUGAUGACUCUCCAAUAGAACUCAGCAAAGUACAGAGUGUGAAAGUUGUGGCCAAGAGACGCAGGGAUCGCUCUCUCCCCCGGGCUUUCGAAAUCUUCACAGACAAUAAAACCUAUGUUUUCAAGGCCAAGGAUGAGAAGAAUGCAGAAGAGUGGCUCCAGUGCAUCAAUGUGGCAGUUGCCCAAGCAAAAGAGAGGGAAAGUAGGGAAGUAACCACGUAUCUCUAGGGAUUUGCAAGCCGAUCUCAUACCAGUUAUAUACAACGGACAUGGCACUAUAAUCGCCAAUGUCAAGAAAAAGAA